UGGAAAGUUGUUAUGGCAACGCCAGCCAAGGCUGGGUCAGGUGUUUAUAACCUGAGGUCAGAUGAUGCAGUGGAUCAUGCCAACAUCGCCGGGCAGCUUUGAAGCUCCACAGAAUUUUCUGCGCCGGACCUAUUCAGCGCACAAUUGGCUACAUAGGUAUAUAUAUAAGUUUUUACAUACGUGGAGAUUUGGGAUCUAUAAGUUAACCUUAAAAAUCCCCUACUUGUUUAUGCGAACGGCGGCAGGUUGCUCUCAUCACUGAUCGAGGUCGUAUUCUUCACCAUCAGCCCCACUCAGCUCACCAAUACAUACGGAUACACAUCUCGAAAGAAGAAAAAAGGGGAAAGGAGAGACAAAAAUGGCAUCCAAAACCCCCCGCAUCACCGUCCUCGGGUCCCUCAACAUCGACUUGGUAUCCUACGUCCCGCACCACCCGCUGCCGGGCGAGACCCUGACCUCCAACUCCUUCGCCGUCUCCCCCGGCGGCAAGGGCGCCAACCAGGCCGUCGCGUGCGCGAAGCUGUCGCGCCCGGGCGCCGGCGGCUCGGCCACCCCGGGGGGGCUCGAGACGGCGUCGGUGGGCAUGGUGGGGUGCGUCGGGGCCGACAGCUACGGGGCCCUCCUGCGGGACAACCUGUCCGCGCACGGCGUGGACGUGUCGCGCGUCGCGGUCCGCGAGCAGCUCAAGACGGGCGUCGCCAUCAUCGUCGUCGACGAGCCCACGGGCCAGAAUCGCAUCAUGCUCUCGCCCGAGGCGAACCACACCCUGCGGCCAGACGACGUCUCGCCCGGCCCCGCGCUGCUGGAGGCCUUGGGCGGCCGCCCUGACCUGCUGAUCAUGCAGCUGGAGGUCCCGUUGGACACGGUGCUGGCGGCGCUGGCGAGCGCGAGGGAGGAGGGCGUGCCUGUUCUGCUGAACCCGGCGCCGGCUGUGAGGCUGCCGGCGGAUGCGCUGAAGGGGCUGGCGCACCUCAUUGUGAACGAGACGGAGGCAGCCAUCCUGGGGGGGUGCGAGGAGAGCGUGCUGGAUUCGGAGGAAGGCAUGGAGGCGGUGGCGAAGGGGUUCGUCGGCCAGGGGGUGCAGAACGUCAUCAUCACCCUGGGCGGCAGGGGCGUCUACUACAUGAACGCCGCUGGCGCGAAGGGCCUACUGCCCGCCCUCAAGGCAAAGGUCGUUGACACGACGGCCGCGGGGGAUACCUUUGUGGGACAGUACGCGCUCGAGGCCGUCUCGGGCGCCAGCUUCGACAUCGUCGGGGCCGUCAACAAGGCGAAUCGCGCCGCUGCCAGGACUGUCGAGAGGUUGGGGGCACAGGUAUCCAUUCCCUGGAGGGACGAGCUAGAGCAAUCCUCUUGAUUUGGCUAGGUAGCUACGACAAAUGACACCUAAUUCUACAUUC